UUUAAAGUGUUAGUUGUAGUUGAUUAAAAUCUGCAAAGUUGUAUACUUCAGUCAAUUUUUCUUGUUUGUAUUCUAUAUAAUUAUGUAAAUACUAAUAAUAAAUAAAAUCAGUUUCGCAUAACUUUAGUUAAUGUUCUAUUAAAGCACUUAUUAGCCUCUUUUAGAUUUGAAGUUAUCAUGGCUUCUUUGAAAUCUCUGUUACCAGCUCCGGUUGUUCAAACUUUUGGUGAUCGAGAUGAUAUUGAACGGAUCAAAAAACGCAAUUCUGCUUCAAAACAGCUCGUCGUUGCUUCUCGAUCUGCACCACCCUAUGGUGCCAGGAAAGGUUGGGUACCUCGAGCUGUUGAAGAUUUCGGUGAUGGUGGAGCUUUUCCCGAAAUUCACGUUGCACAAUUCCCUCUUGGUUUAGGGAAGAAAAAAGAAAAAACUAAUGCUAAUAAUUUGCCUGUGCAGCUAGAUGCACAAGGAAAAAUUAAAUAUGAUGUUAUUGCCCGCCAGGGCCAUAGUAAAGAUCGUGUUGUUUAUCAUAAAUUUCAAGAUCUUCUGCCAUCAGAGAUCACAAAUGAGGAUGAUCCUACUUUACAAAAACCAAAUGAGGAAGAAGUCGAGGAUAAUACCGAGGCAACAAGGCUCGCUCUUGAAAAACUGACUCACACUAAGAUAUCAGCUGCAAUGCCAGUCAGGGCUGCUGAAAAGACUGGACCAGUACAGUAUAUACGGUACACCCCUUCACAGCAAGGAUUCGCCUUCAAUUCAGGUGCAAAGCAAAGAAUUAUUCGAAUGGUUGAAGUUCAAAAAGAUCCUAUGGAACCACCUCAUUUUAAGAUUAAUAAGAAGAUCCCCCGUGGUCCACCUUCCCCGCCCGCACCUGUCAUGCACUCCCCCACACGAAAAGUUACAGUUAAAGAACAACAGGAGUGGAGGAUACCGCCAUGCAUUUCAAACUGGAAAAAUGCAAAAGGAUAUACAAUCCCACUCGAUAAGAGGCUCGCGGCAGAUGGUCGCGGUUUGCAACAAACACACGUCAACGAAAACUUUGCGAAGUUAGCCGAGGCGUUGUAUGUUGCUGACAGGAAGGCUAGAGAAGCGGUGGAAACGAGAUCCCAAAUGGAAAAGAAAUUAGCUCAAAAAGAGAAAGAAAAGAAAGAAGAACAUCUUAGAAAGUUGGCUCAGCAAGCUCGAGAACAGCGUGCCGGAAUACGGAGUCAACCGUCUGCUGACAAAGAUGAUGAGCUUAGAGAACGUGAGAAUUUGAGAUACGAGCGACAUAAAGAGCGUGCUAGAGAUAGAAAUAUUGCAAGAGCCGCUCCUGAUAAGCGUAGUAAGCUAGAGAAGCAGAGAGAAAGGGACAUAAGUGAACAAAUUGCACUCGGUAUGCCAAAUGCAAGGCAGUCUAACGAAUUGCAGUUCGAUCAGCGCUUAUUCAACUCCUCUAAAGGUAUGGACAGUGGCUUUGGUGGAGAGGAUGAUUAUAAUGUAUAUGACAAGCCUUGGCGAUCUCAGCAGGCUGUUAGUAAUAAUAUUUACAGGCCCAAAGCUAAUACAGAUAAGGAUAUUUAUGGUGAAGAUUUCGAUAAAUUAGUGAAAACCUCAAGAUUUGUUCCUGAUAGGGAAUUUGCCGGUACUGAUCGCUCUGCUCGACGGGAUGGACCUGUUCAGUUUGAAAAACAGGAGGAGGAAGAUCCUUUUGGUUUGGAUAAAUUUUUGACUGAAGCUAAGAAGGCUAGUAAGCGUCCUACUGAUGACCGUGACUAUGAUAGAGAUAGAGGCAAGCGACGGAAGGAUUAAGUUUUAUGUGUUCUAGAAAAUUUGAAGCCAUUUUUAUGAAGCACCAGUUCAACAAAGCCAGCAGCUAUCAGGUUGACUGAACAUUUUGCUGAGGACCUUAUGACUGUUUCUUUCUAGCCUUAAGUAUUUAAAGUGUUUGAACUGAAAUACUUUUUCAUCCUUGUAAAUUAUAGUGCUUUAUAGUAAACUCAUACACUUAAAAGCACUGCAUACUUUCCAGAAACUAAUAUUAUAUUAAGAAGAACAUGGUUUCAAAUAUAUUAAAAUGUUUUCAUGAGCUAUUAUUAAGUCAGAACACGCUUAUGUAACUAAAUGUCAAUUGCAUACAUCUGUUAUGUUUAUUUCUGAUUAAUGAAAAUUUUGCUUCAGUUUUCAAUGAUUUAUCAGUUUUAUAAUUUCAUUAUACUUUCAUGUUCAGGGGAUUUCUAAAUAUUUUCUUCGUGUCAAAUGGUAAAUCAUAAUCAAUGAAUCCUAUAGGUCAUGUUUUAUUAAAGUUCAUGGGUGUCUGCUACUAGAAAUUUUAAUUUUAGCUAUGCAAUUACAAAAAUCUUUUGUUCCCACAUAUUUUGAUUUUUUUUUAAACAAAAUGACAUCUUAAUUUUGUGUAUCAGUUUUCUCAUGCUUUUAUAAAUUGCUUUUUAUUUUCAUUAGGAAAUAUAUUUUGUUGUUAUUUUAAAAAAAAUCUGCUUUUUGAAAUAUUUAUUAUUUCAUUUUGCAUUUUAUUUAAUAUAAAUACAAAAAGUUUUCUUUGUUAUUAUAAGAAAGAUUUUCAGUAAAGCUUUGCUACACAUUUAAAAAUUUUGUCAGCUUGUUCUGUGGAUUAUAUCCUAAAUUAGUUUCUUUUCAUAUUAUUAGUAUAUGUGUAUGUGUAAGGCAUUACUGAAAAAUGUAAACUUCUAUAGGAUUUCAUUCCGCAGAAAGUUUAUAGUAUCUUUUUCUUUUCCCUGGUUUUUCACUGUUAGGAAAAUUUUUAAUUCUCGCAUUGUAGAGUUUUUUUUUUUCAGUUCAGCUGAAAAAUUAUUUCUUCACACAAAGCA